CCAAGUCGAGAGGACAAUUUGGUCAGGACGGUAGUAGGAACAACUACCUGGGUUCCUCGUCGAGGCUGGAUGGCAGAACAGCUAAGUUCGAUAACCAAACCGAACUAGAGAUUAUCACGCCCUGCUCCUACAACGUGCUAUUGUCCGGUGAAAGAUUGGAGUCACAAACCAUCACCCCGCAGCAGCAGCAGCGAGCUAUCCUAUGUAAAAACGUCCCCACCCCAUAGUCAAGAUGCGGAAUCGGCUACACAAAUCCGCAAGUUUUGGGUGUCUUGCAUGACAAAUUUGGACUCGUAUUGUAGUGCUGUUUGAGGUACUUCAGCAGCAUCACAGAUCUAGUAUAUCAUGCUCAUUGGAGCAUGGCAAAUCCCAAAACUCGACUAGAAGAUACUUCUCAUGGGGCUCCGCAUGAGAACCAUUCUCAGCACGCAGAUUUGCAUUACAACUCUGGGGUGGGGACGUUUUUAAAUACGAUACGAGCGCGAGCAUCCUCAUCCUCCCCAACGCCGCUUGGAGGCGUAACACCCC